CGUGCUCAAUAUGGGAAAGACCACAGCGCCAGGAAGCGAAGAUUAUGUGUCCCCGUUGAGAGUCAGGCCUUUCGAAGGGCUACGCGAUGGCAGUCGCCAGAGAUUCGUGCACGAAGAGGCACUCGCCGGAGAAGGCUGCAAACGGUCCAUCUUUCUUCGAGAAGGCGUCUCGCAUCGCGCAGGGGGCCCCAGGUGCCGAAGAGCCGUGUGUGCAGUACGCCGAAAUCGUCGGCUCAGCUGUGAAUGCCUCAUCGAAGGAGGAGAAAAAUACACUCACUGGCCAGGUAAGAAACAGAAGAGAGAAUAUCAUCACCGUGUCUGCUCUGCACCAUAAGCAGGCGUGUGAGCGUGUGAGCGGCCGAUUAAGUCCGUUGGACAUGCAGGAAAUGUGCCACGAGAUCGUUGAGGAAGUCCGACAAGCACACCUCACAAGUUAGAAGGUUGAUACACCGCCUCACCUUCUGCGAACACCCGUAUUCCAUCACUCAGGCGCUCAAUUGGAGGCCGAGGCCAAGGACGUGUGUGCAGACAGGCUAAAGGGAGCUCUUCAGGGCUAUGGUGUCGCCCCUCCGGCCGACCGCAUCGAAGAAGGCUGCGCGUAUCUUGCGCACCAACUGGCACAGGGGUCAGCCCGUCUGCCAUGAGCUGAAACACCCGUAUUCCUCGCUCGAAAUUGCAGCCUUGGAUGACACUCGAGAGCGCCUGGGGGCUGGGUGUGACGCCAUAGUCGUCUUUCAUGCGCUUCAGGACCAGCUCAAAGGCCUUGUCCAUGAGUCCGCACUGCUUGCCCAACAGCGAGACACAUAUGGACGCCGUGACGUUGGUCGGUGCGACCUUUUUGGUGAGCAUGUGCUCGACCAGGCUGAGGGCGAGUGAGGGCCGCGGGGGAGCGCAGGAGCAGCAGGCACGGAGGAGAGUGUUGUAGACGGCCUCGUCUGCCUCGACGCAGCCAUCCGCCGUCAGCUCCUCGAACACGCCCAUGGCUCUUUCCAAGUGUCCACUCUCGCAAUAAGCCUUCACGACAAUGGCCAGGGUGAUGAGGUUGGGCGGGGCGCCGUCCUCGGUAAUGCCACUCAGCACCCUGUCCAUCCAACGCAUGUUGCCCGCCCGGGCAGAUGCCUCGAGCAGGCUGUUGUAGGUGGCGGUGUUGCAAAGUAGGUAGCUCGCCCCGUCUCUGCGCAUCUCAUGGAUGAGAUUCAUGGCGCGAUCGACUUGGUGAUGCUUGGCGAAGCCCCGAAUGAGGCUGCUGUAGCCGGCUGCGUCGGGUUUGAUGCCGAAAUCAUCCAUUAGAUCGCACAGGCGGUCGAUAUGGUAGGCCUCACGAGCAACACCGAGCAACGCAUUGAACAAGGCCUGCAGAUUGAAGACACAGGACACUGUCUGCAGUCUGUCUCUCUGUCUCCUUGCGGGUGUCGGUGCUGGUGUGUGCCCGCCUACCGCCGUUGUGGCCAUUGGCCUUUCGUCAGUACCUGAACAUCCCCCGCCACCACCCGUCACGGACGGCCCAGCCGCUCGGCGCCUCUCCCGAAUGCACACCUGGCGCAGCACUGUCAGUGCCCAGUGCAUCCUCUGCUCAUCGAUCCUCUCGACAGACAGCUGAAGCGUCUUGGCGAGGGCCGAGCAGGUGUAGCUGUCGGGCUGCAGGCGGCUGCUGAGCAUCUCCCCAACCAGCCGCCACACCAGGUCGCACUCGUGGCAUUUGGCUGCCGUCGUGCACAAGGUGUUGUACGUGAUGGUCGUGGGCUGCAUCCCCAGGGCCUUGAGCGCCUCGAACGCGUCCAGGGCGCUCGGGAGAUCGUCCUGGAUGGCGUGGCCUUUGAUCAGUGUGUUGACGCUAAUGGUGUCAAGAAUGUCCGGCUGGUGCUGCAGACACAGGUCAAUGAUGUCGCGGGCGAGUGAGACGCGCUUGGCGUUGACACAGAUCGACAGCAGCUGGUUCAGCACGAGGGUGUCGGGCUCCACCCCACUCUCGCACAUCAUCUGCAGGCAGGCAGGCAGGCAAAAUAAAUCAGUGCCGACGGGAGGUACGGUGCCAAUGUGCUUGCCCGGAAGAGCCUGAUUGAGCUGCGGAAGUCGUUGUCCUUUGCGUGGAUGCGCAGGACGGUCAUGUAUGCCUUGACAGACGGGCGGGCCAUGCAGCACAGCUGAUCGAAGAACUCCAGGGCACGGGCCGGCUGGCCGCAGUCCACCGCGAAAUGCAGCAGACAAUUGAGCAUCACACUGUCGGCCUCGAGGCCGUCAGACACCAACGUGUCAUACAGAGCCAACGCCUACAUGGACACACACACACACACACACACACACCAGUACCUUCACCCGCUCUGUUGUCCUCCUCGCACCUUGCUGAAGUGCUGUUUGGCGGCAUGAAUCUUCAUGACGGCGGCAUAGAAGUGCAGUGACCGGGGGACCCCCAGCUCCCUCAUGGCCUCCAUGACCUCAUCGGCCUGCCCGUCGCGGCCCCAGUGCACACAGCAGCUGAUAAGCCCCAGAAACAUCUUCUCAGACAAGGACCCAAAACAAGCGAGAGGCGCGUGCCGGUGGCGGCUCAGCGCCUCGCGAAAGAGGCGGCAUGCGGCCAGAUUUCUGUCGCCGCUGAGGCGGAUGAUGGUGGAUGACAAACGGGACGGGUUUUCGGCGGUGAUGAGGGCAUCGAUAUCGGGGAUGUUUGGACUGCCUCGACGGCAGGAUGGGGCGGAGGAGGGCGGCAUGAUGGCAGUCGACUGCAAUGGAUGGAUGGAUGGAUGGAUGGAUGGAUAGACUGGCAAUAGCCGAACGGAUGGGCGUAUAGAGGGCUGCCGAGGAUGGGAAAAGGAAUUCUGGCAGAGCCCCGUUCCUUUUGCAAUGCUGAGAAUGAAGGAUGGCACACUCGACGUCCUAUCAAGGCCUAUUUC